AUGAAGUUUUUUAAAUUAAUAAGAUUUGUUGUAGGAAGUGACUUAGAAAAAGUUGGUGAUAGUAGUGAUAAUGAAAAUAAACCUCUAAUUGAAAAGGAAUUAAUAAAGCAGAAUCCAAUUCUAGAGAAAAAGGAAAUAGAUUUAACUAAUCAAAGAACUGAGAUUACUGAUCAGAAAUUAAAAAAAGAAGAAAUUUCACAGUUAAGAAAACAACUGAAAUAUUUAGAAAUUAAAAUUAAAUUUUUAGUAAAUGAGAAUAAUAAUAAGAGUAAGUUAAUAAGUGAAGAUGUUUAUUUUAUAAGAGAAGGUAAAAAGAAAUUAAAAGAAACAUGUGUGUAA